AUGAAUGCAUUCUUUGACGGGUAUGUUCAUGCAAGGACAAACUUAAAAGAGUUUGUUGAUCAAUUCGAUAAUGCGUUGAGGAAGAAGAUUGAAAAUGAAAAUGCGGCGGACUUUCACUCAUUCAACCUCACAAUUCCGGCAGUCUCUAUUUCUCCACUUGAGAAGAUAUUUCAAGCCACAUACACCAACUCUAAGUUUAGAGAAAUUGAAAAAGAAGUAAUAGGAAUGGUUGGUGUUCUUCCAACUCUACACCAGAAGGCUGGUGUAAUCGCAACGUACCAUGUAGAAGAUGAAGUUUGUGUUGAUGAUUUCAUCAAGGAGGUGACCCAAAUGGUGUAUUUUAAUGAGGCUGAAGUUGAUGUGAAAUGUUCAUGUGCACUGUUCGAAAUGAUAGGGAUAUUAUGUAGACAUGCAUUAGCCAUUAUAAGAGUUAACAAAGUGAAAAAUGUGCCACAAAAGUAUAUAUUAGAUCGAUGGAGGAUGGACAUUAAAAGGACAUACACUUUUAUACGAAGUACUUAUGACUCAGUUGAUGUAAGGCCAGAAGUGAGCAGGUAUUCACGUAUAUUGAAGCCACAUGGAAGUGAUAUCGACAGGGUUGACACGUGCAUGAAUUUAUUUGGGCAAACAAUUGUUGGGACACAAGAGAGUGUUGUCUUUGAGCCUCUUCAAAACACUACCGAAGUGUUGGACUUUGGUGAAAUCCAACUUGGGGAUGACACAUAUGAAGCUCUAGAUGGGACUGAAGAUCAUGGACAUGUGCAAAGAUGA